AUGGGCGUCAUGUAUGACUUCUCAAUGUUGGAUAUUCCUUCGGACAUCAAGAGUAUGUCAUUUCUCUUGGGCUACAUGGCGAUAACAGUGAUUCUAUUUCGGGUAUUCUAUAAUGUCUACCUGCACCCUUUAUCUGCGUUUCCAGGGCCGAAGAUCUUUGCAGCAUCUUCGAUUCCUUUGGCCUUAGCCCAAUUGCGUGGUAGGUGUCACAAAGAAAUCAAAGCAGCUCAUGAUAAAUACGGCAGUGUUGUGCGCAUUGCCCCAAACGAGUUAUCAUUCACAUCAGCAGGGGCAUGGAACGAUAUUUAUGCCCGUCGUGAAGGAAAGCCCGCCUUCAAAAAAGACAGGAUCUUUUUCAAUGACAUGCUUGUUGACUCUCAGACAUUGACAGUCAUGAACGAUUUUGAUCACGGCCGCAUUCGACGGGCCAUGGCACCCGGCUUCUCCCCACGAUCCAUGCUCCUUCACGAAUCAAUCAUAGAACGGAAUGUGGAACUUUUCAUUACACAAAUUGAAAAGAAAUGCAAGGAAAAAUCUGCAAUUGACCUGAGAAUGUGGUACAACUACACAACCUUUGACCUAAUUGGGGACCUGGCAUUUGGCGAAACGUUCGGAUGCCUGGAGAACUCGGAAUAUCACGAGUGGGUUGCAUUUGUACUUGAUUAUUUCUUCGCUGCGACAUUAUUGCAAGUCGUGCAUCGAUUCUAUCCUUUGAACAAAGUCUUGGCCUUGCUUCUACCCGCUUCUCUGCUGGAGAAGAUAGACAAGCACAACCAGAUGUCUGUGGAGAAAGUUCGUGGCCGUUUACGUAAAGGUACGGAUCGCCCUGACUUUGUUCACUACAUGAUGAAAGCCACAGAAAGCAAAUCAAUUACCGUGAAAGAGGUUGAGACACAGGCAAGCAUUUUUAUCCUCGCUGGUAGUGAGACCACGUCGGUGGCACUGGCAUUUGCGACAUGGUUCCUUCUGAGUAAGCCAGAGCUCUUGAAAAAACUGUGUGAUGAAGUGCGCGGCAACUUUGCCAACGAAGGAGAUAUUGAUUUGUUAUCUAUCAACCGACUGUUGUAUAGACUUCCGCAAAGCCCAACUUGGGCCUAA